AUGGCUCUUUCUGAGACGUGGGUACAGUUUGUAAUGGCCGCCACUCUUCCCUGCUCCACAGACCAGGCCAGCAUCCAGGCCGCCGCCCUGCCUGGCACUGACGGCUGUCUGGCCUCCCCGAGGGUCCCUGCAGGACUGGACGCGGCGUGUGCUGGCGGGAGUGGUGCUGCGGUGGAGGUCAUGAGGCCGGGCAGCAGCAUGAGCGGCCGGCGGCAACAGCGGCAGCAGCAGCAGCAGCACCAGCAGCAGCAGCAGCAGCAGCAGCAGCCAGCCUCAGGUGUGGGGAGGCGCAAGCAUGGUGGCAAGAAUCACCUGGAGGCAGGCAGCUCUGUCCACAGAGGAGAGAGCAAGUUUGAGUGCCAGCAGUGUGACAAAACUUUUGUAUCCAGACAAGGCCUUAAGUACCACACCCUGACACACAGUGGUGUUAGAAAUUAUGAGUGUGGUGAGUGUGGCAGGAAAUUUACCUGUAAGUCUCACCUCACCAGACACACCCUGACACACAGUGGUGUUAGAAAUUAUGAGUGUGAUGAGUGUGGGAAGAAAUUUAUCCACAAGUGUCAGCUCACCUCACACACCCUGACACACAGUGGUGUUAGAAAUUAUGAGUGUGGUGAGUGUGGCAGGAAAUUUACCUGUAAGUCUCACCUCACCAGACACACCCUGACACACAGUGGUGUUAGAAAUUAUGAGUGUGAUGAGUGUGGGAAGAAAUUUAUCCACAAGUCUUCCCUCAACACACACACCCUGACACACAGUGGUGUUAGAAAUUAUGAGUGUGAUGAGUGUGGCAGGAAAUUUACCAUAAAGUCUCACCUCACCAGACACACCCUGACACACAGUGGUGUUAGAAAUUAUGAGUGUGAUGAGUGUUUGAGGAAAUUUACCCACAAGUCUGACCUCACCAACCACACCCUGAUACACAGUGGUGUUAGAAAUUAUGAGUGUGAUGAUGGUGUUAGAAAUUAUGAGUGUGAUGAGUGUGGGAAGAAAUUUACCACCAUUUCUCAUCUCAAUGAACACGCCUUCAGACACACUGGGGUGAGGGAGUUCGAGUGUGAUGUUUGUGGCAAGUGUUUCAAGACAAAGGGUGAUAUUGCCAAGCACGUGAAAAUCCACUUCUGA